ACCAUAUCCCCAAUUAAUCACAAUUUAUUAGCCAAACAAUGCUCAUAAACCGGCCCACCCGAAUGGGUCGGGAUCCUGUCCAUACUAACAAGUGGGUUCGUCAAGUGUGUUUGCUCGAUCAUUUUGACUCUAGUCCUUUUAACCGGUGUGAUCAUGUUCAUUCUCUGGCUCAGUCUUCGUCCGCACCGGCCUCGGUUCUAUCUCUCUUCUUUUACCCUCCCCGGACUCACUCCGGCCGCACCAUUUGCCUUCAAUGUCUCCGACCGGAACUCAAACCGGAAAAUUGGCAUCUAUUUUGAGUCAAUGGACGGUUCGGUUUAUUAUAUGGACCAACGUGUCUCUGGUGGACCAAUUAAGGUUCCAUUCUAUCAGCCACCAAAGAACACAACGUUGUUUCAAGGGACAUUGGGUCCUGUCUUGGGUCAAGGGGAUCCAACUUGGGGUCGAAUCAAAGCUGAUGGUAAAGACGGUCGGGUUGAGUUCCGGCUUGAAUUGAACACAACCAUCCGGUUCAAGGUUGAACUAUGGGAUACACACUCUCAUGAGAUGUAUGUCAAUUGUGAUGUGGAACUUGGUCCAGAUGGCACUAUGCUACCUGAGUACAAAGACAAGAGAUGCUCUAUCUACUUUGGUUAACUUGAUCUUCUAGCUUGAUUGUGUUCCUGACUUCCUGCUAUUUUUUAUUUUUAUUUCUUUUAGUUUUAAUUUUAUUUGUGAUUGAUUGGAGUGUUUGAUAAAUGACAGAUUCAUUGUUUA